AUGACAGUGUCUCUCAAUACUGAACAGCAAGUAAUCCACCAGUUCAUUGUUGAAUGGUGCAUAGAAAUGUCAAUGACUUAUAAAACAGCGAUACGUCCAAAGCCAUUCCAUGUCUUCAUUUCUGGAGGAGCAGGCACUGGCAAGUCGCAUUUAAUUAGAACCAUAGUGCAGACAGCAAACAAAUUGUUGGGUGUAGGGCAAGGAGAAGAUGACAUUGUUGUUAUGGUCUGUGCUUUCACUGGUGUGGCUGCUUUCAACAUAGAAGGCCACACUUUACAUUCUGCAUUCAGUUUACCAGUUAAUCAGUCCAAGCGUGAUGACUAUAUCAGACUUUCAGGAGAACAGUUGUCUAGUAUGCGAGAAAAACUAGGAAAUCUUUGCCUUUUGAUAAUUGAUGAGAUUUCCAUGGUUGGAGCUGAUCACCUGUAUACUGUUCACAGACGUCUGUCAGAGAUUAUGACAUCUGAUGAGCCUUUUGGUGGGGUAUCAGUUUUAGCUGUAGGUGACCUCUCCCAGCUGCCACCAGUCGCCCAAAGACCAGUUUUUGACACAGUUUCUGAUUCUAUUGCAUCAAUGUAUGGUUCAUUGUGGAAGAAAAAUUUUAGAGUACUGGAACUUCAUCAAAUAAUGCGGCAGAAAGAUGACGUUGAAUUCGCUGAGGCUCUUAACAGAAUAAGAUCAUCUAAGCAUACUGACAAUGAUAUACAGCUCAUUAAAAACAGAGAAACUGAUGUUUCCUCACCAACAUAUCCUAAACAAGCACUGCAUAUAUUUGCUUUCAAUAAAGAUGUUGAUGAACAUAAUCGAAUGUUAGAGAGCAUAGACUCACCAGUAAUUAAAGUGUCAGCUAUUGACUCCAAGACAGAUCAACAAACUGGUCAUAUUGAAAACAUUACAUUCGAUGAAAAGAAGAAACCAGGUGGAAUGUUGCAACAACUGAAAAUAGCUAAAGGGGCAAGAGUUAUGAUGACCACAAAUGUAGAUACUUGUGAUGGAUUAACCAACUCUGCCACAGGAACAGUGACUGGUUUUCUACCUCAGCAUCCAGAUCCAUCUGACCCUCAGUUUAAUGAUUACAGACCUAAAUAUGUCUUAGUCCACUUUGAUGAACAUCGAGUUGGUGAAAAGCUAAGAUCCAAACUUCAGCGAAUUGUUCCUGAUGAGAUAUCCACACCUAUUUCAGUUCAUGAGGUAACUGUAAAACAUAGAAAAGUAAGCGCAAAAAGGACACAAUUUCCUCUAACCCUUGCAUGGGGUGUUACCACUCAUAAAGCCCAGGGUAGAACUGUUGAUAAUCUAGUGAUAUCAAUGAAAGGAACAUUCAAAGCUGGCCAAAUGUAUACUGCAUUAAGCAGGGUAAAAACUAAAGAAGGUCUUUACAUUCUAGGUGAAUUUCAAUCAUCAAAGAUCACCUCUGACCCCAGGACAGUCAAAGAAAUGGAGAGAAUUCGAAAGGAUAACAAGUUUAAACUGAGUAUUCCAUGUUCUGUUACAGCACCAUCAGAUAGUUUCUUUAAAAUCAGUGUACUUAACAUUAAUUCACUCUGUUCUCACCUCCAGUGCCUUUCAGUGGACCAGUACAUCAGCACCAGUGACAUUGUAGCAUUGUCUGAAACCUGGCUUCACUGA